GUGUUGCUUCGCCCAGCGGAUCCACAGAAGUUGAGAGGAGUUGGUGGCUGCCUCGGGCCGGCGGACUUUGCGAGCAGCCGGGGAGAGGGACGCCGCCGCCACCGCGGAGCCUUCGGGGCUGCCUCCCUCCUGCUCAGCCGCAGCGCGCGGGCGGAGAGGGGCGGGGAGGGGGUCGGGUGCGCACGAAGAACUUGAAACUGUGUGAAGGAAUCCGAAGCAGAUGAGAAGGGAGGAAAUAAAACAAAGUGGAGACUGCAGGAAAGACUCCACCGUGCUUGAUUGUGUCGGCUGACGCUCCGGCAGAGGGGCUGGGUUGGGCUUUUUAAAAAAUUUUUUAUUCCACCCAUUCUCUCGCUUUCUCUCUCUCGUUUAAAGCUAUACCAGCUCUCUCUUUCUCUACUAUCUGUGUGUCACCAAACCCUUGCUGGCUCUUAUGGGCAUGAAACACUCCUCCCGCUGCCUGCUCCUAAGGAGGAAAAUGGCGGAGAACGCUGCCGAGAACGCCGAGGUGAGCAGUACCCCCUCUCAGCCCCCUCAGCCUGUGGUCCCAUCCAAGCCUGUGCAAUGUGUCCAUCAUGUGUCCACUCAACCCAGCUGUCCAGGACGGGGCAAGAUGUCCAAGCUGCUGAACCCAGAGGAGAUGACCUCAAGAGAUUAUUACUUCGACUCCUAUGCCCACUUUGGGAUCCACGAGGAAAUGCUCAAGGAUGAGGUGCGGACGCUCACUUACCGGAACUCCAUGUACCACAACAAGCACGUGUUCAAGGACAAAGUGGUGCUGGACGUCGGGAGUGGUACCGGGAUCCUUUCCAUGUUUGCUGCCAAAGCAGGGGCCAAGAAGGUGUUUGGGAUUGAAUGCUCCAGUAUUUCUGACUACUCAGAGAAGAUCAUUAAGGCCAACCACUUGGACAACAUCAUCACCAUAUUUAAAGGUAAAGUGGAAGAGGUGGAGCUGCCUGUGGAGAAGGUAGACAUCAUCAUCAGCGAGUGGAUGGGCUACUGUCUCUUCUAUGAGUCCAUGCUCAACACGGUCAUCUUUGCCAGGGACAAGUGGCUGAAACCUGGAGGGCUUAUGUUUCCAGACCGGGCAGCUUUGUACGUGGUAGCAAUUGAAGACAGACAGUACAAGGACUUCAAAAUCCACUGGUGGGAGAAUGUCUAUGGCUUUGACAUGAGCUGCAUCCGGGACGUUGCCAUGAAAGAGCCCCUGGUGGACAUCGUGGACCCAAAGCAAGUGGUGACCAAUGCCUGUUUAAUAAAGGAGGUGGACAUUUACACGGUCAAGACGGAAGAGCUGUCGUUCACGUCUGCCUUCUGCCUGCAGAUCCAGCGCAAUGACUACAUCCACGCCCUGGUCACCUAUUUUAAUAUUGAAUUUACCAAGUGCCACAAGAAAAUGGGGUUUUCCACAGCCCCUGAUGCCCCCUACACCCACUGGAAGCAGACCGUCUUCUACCUGGAAGAUUGCCUCACCGUCCGGAGGGGGGAAGAGCUCUAUGGGUCCAUCUCCAUGAAGCCAAAUGCCAAAAAUGUGCGAGACCUCGAUUUCACAGUAGACUUGGAUUUCAAGGGACAGCUGUGUGAAACAUCUGUAUCUAAUGACUACAAAAUGCGUUAGCACACGUGGGAAGCUGCAGAGAGCGAGCGAGAAAAACCCUCACCUCGAUCUGCGGCACUGUGAUGAGAAUACUGCUUGCAGGACUACACACUCGAAAACCAGAGUUUUAAAUUCUUCCUUGAAGAUUGGGGAACUCGCCAGGGCUCAGGUGGCCCUGACACUGGACAGAUGACCUCCAGCUGCUCAGCUCUGCUCUGUGAGCCCUUCACAAUGUCUUUGCUGUCGCUGACCAUGAGCGACCUCCAGUGCUGCGGCUGGGCCCGGGGACAGAAGUGCUCAUGUAUACCUAUUGUCCUUUACUGUGACUCUCCGAUCUCCAGGUUUUGCAUGCUGCAGGCAUCUAGGGCAGAGGCUUCACUAGAACCUGGAGGCUAGUGUCUUUGAUAGAAUAAGCCGGAUUCUGUCUGUGCGGUGGUGUGUGCGUGCCUGCGCGCGGACAGCAUAUACAGUCGCUUAUUUACCCACAACACUGUAUAUGCAUGCAUAUACAACCACUGGGUGCACCCAAGUGUCCAUCCAGGGCGUGUGUGCACAUACGCGUGCGUAGAAUAUCUAUUACUCCCAGAGGAGAUUUUGUUGCUUUGGAAUAGGACUUUGUUUUGUGAUUAGCUCUCCCCUCCCCCACCCCUUACCAGAUGUAAGCAGCUAUGAAACAUUCUCUGUACUAGCUUUGGUCUCCUUUUGACUAGACCGUGGCUCCGAAGCCUGGAGCAUAGUACCACACACUCUGUGGGAGCUCAAUAAAGGCACAUGAGA